AUGCCCGAAAGAAACGCCAAGAAAUGCAGGAAAACGGGCGAGGCGCGAGACGAUCGCGGCCGCAUGAGCGCCGAGGAGCUCGGCCGCUUCGAGCCCAUGGAGCUGCGGGUCGAGCAGGCCGACACGGCGAUCCUGCUGCUGCGGAGCCCGGAGCGUCCGGUGCUGCUCGCGGCCGCCGCGGCCCUCUCGGCGUACGGCGCUCGGGCCCGGGGCAAUCUCGCGACCCUCUUCGAGCUCGACGUCGUCGACUCGCUGACGGCUCUGCUGCGCCACGAGGACCUGUUCACGCGGAGAUUCGCCCUCAAGCUCCUCGCCAUGAUGUCGGCCGUGGAGAACGUGCAGGAUCACCUGCUGCGCAGCGACGGGUACACGCGCUUCUUCGUCGAGACGAUUCGCCACGGCGAGCCCGAGACGCAGAGUUUCGCCGGCGCCGGCGCGGACGACGUCUUUCUGCAGGAGUUCGCCUCGCGCAUACUCGCCGAGCUCACGAGCGAUCCCCGGGGCUCGGCCAAGCUCGUGGCUCUCUGCGACGACGCCGAGUUCUUGCUCCACAAGCUCACCGAUCCCGAUCCGGAUAUCAGGAAAAAUUGCCUGGAAAUCAUCUGCAACGUCACGAGAGAUCUCUUGGGAUUGGAUUUUGUCGUCAAAGCUAAAAAUUUCGCGUUCGAUACGUUUUACAAACUGCUCGAGGAAUCCUAUCCGAUAAUGCAGGAGCUGACGAUCGACGCGAUCGAACGCUUCGCGAUGCACUCCGCGGACGAGGAAAUACAGGAUCUCUUUCGCAAAUCCGACGGUGUGAUGCGUCUCAUCGACAUUUUAGAAAACGACGAGUGGCAGGAUCUGUACCUCAAAGUCCUCGGGGUUGUUUGCGCGUGUAGCUGCAACGCCAAAACUGCCGAAGCGAUGAGCCGAGGCGACGCGAUAAAACGCAUCUACGACUUCGCGGAGGCACAUCCACGAGAUCACGACUUGAAGCUCGCUGCGUUCAAGAUAUUGACUCGCUUGGCGUCCGAUGCUACGGGCCAAAAGGUACUGCACUCGAUCGGAUUCAUCGAGUUCAUGUUGGAGUAUUUACAAUUGAGCUCGAGCAGCACGGAAGUUCAGGCCGAGGUGUUUCGCGCGGCGGCCAAGCUGACGCACUACAGACCAGCCAACGAGCAGCUGACUCUGGACAAGUUCCUGCCUCACGCGACGAAACUUCUGGAGAAUCCGCGCGCUCAAUGGGACGAGAUACAGGCUUGCGUGUUUGCACUGAAGGAGCUCUUCGAUUCGACCUAUCAGAAUUGCAUCGGCUUUCUCGAUGCGCGAGCUCAUGUAAGUUAAUCUUUACCAGUCCAAUUAUAAAGAAAGAACAACGUACUGCUGAUUCGUCUGAUAGAGGCCGAGGCGGCACCGAUGGAAGCGCGACUCGGCGCCAUCGAGGCGAUCGGCGCGCUGACGAAUUACCCGAGCAUAGCUCGCGACCUCGUCGACCGGGAUCUGUUCGCGGCUCUGCAGCGCGUGCUCCAGCCCGAGUCCGGCGAGGUGGCGCCGGCCCCGGACGAGCUGAAGAUCGCCGCCUGUCACGCCCUGGGCCGCUUCCCCGUGAACGAGGAGGCGCGCCUGCUGCUGAUACGCGUGCACGUGAUGCCAGCCCUGCACGAGCUCGUCCUCGAGGAGUCGGAGGCGCUGGCGGUGCGCGACGCCGCUACCCAGCUCUGUCUGCUGCUCUGCAAUGAUCCCAUCAUCGCCAAUAUGUGCACCCAGGAGGGCUUGCUCGUUCACAUGCUCAAGCAAAAGUCCGCCAUGUCGAGGCACGUGCCGAGCUGGCCGUGCGUCAUCGAGAGCCUCUUCGCCGCCGAUCUUUCCGCCAAGUUCGCCUACUACGGCAGAUUGACCCUCGGCGACGUCACUUCCAACGGAUUCUACCUGCUUCGGCGCAGUUCCUGCCCUUUCCCGGUGCUCGAGGACAUAUUUCGUUUGAAGCUCUGCCCGCUCGAGCCCAUCUACGUGGUGAAUUUCGGCGAAGCUGACCAGACCCGCAACGACGACUGUAUGGAGAGCAAACUCGCCGCCUUCGAGGCCGCGCGUAAAUCGAUGCGCCGCGAAAGUCAGCUCAGAGGCAUAAGGGUUUCCGACGCCACCAUCGACGCCUGGCUCCAGCUCAAGUUCGGCCACUUGCAGUACGAUCCCGUUCUCGUUGGCCAUCUGAACGUCCUCAAGGCCCAGCUCUCGGCCAUCGAACAUCGCGGACAAUGCAGGUGAGUCAUUUGCUCUUGACUCUCGACCCUCUUGAUAACUUCAAAAGUUAACUCGAAGGUAAUCGUUUUCUUUCGGUACUUUAACAGGUCACCGAUCCCGGGUACGGUCGAGGCUUCGAAGAUCGCCAGUCGGGCUCAGUUUCUCGGUGUCUUCGUCGCUCGUCAAUUGUCCGGGCCUGAUUCCACGAACAGCGGCGGCGGCCUCGACCAGCAGCUCGAGCUGCACCUGCACGAGAUAAAAGCGAAAAUCGAGACGAGCGUCGUAUCGCUGGGUAUGCUGAAGCUCGGCUCCUAUCUCGAACGAGCUCUCAUGUUCAAGGCGUUGGCCGAUCAAAUCGGUCUGCCGGCUGCUCUCGUGCGCGGCACCUACGGCAGAUCUUGGAUCGAGAUAGCCGUACCCAAGAUAGAGAACGCCGCAGAAACCAAUGAAGAUACGCAGCAGCAUCGGCGACGAUCGUCGAGGCCGAUAAUCGAUCUGUGCGACAAGUUUCUGCCGACGCGCUAUUUGCGAGAAAAUUACGUCGUCGACUUGAUGGACGAGCCCGGCCGGCUCAUGCCCAUCGACGGCCUCGAAGCCAAGGUCUAUUGCUCGGGCGGUAAACCCGUGGACACGGCUAGCGGUUGCGCAAAAAUCAGUGUGUAGUUUUUGAUUGGAAAAUCACUCUGCCGUAUUUAUUGCACAUGUAUGUUACAAAAGUAAAUAUCGUCGAUUCUACAAAAUUAAAGAAGUAAGUUUAAUAUA